GCCCUUCUUACGUCACGUGACGUUACACGGCUCCCCGCUCAGUGGCGGCUACGGCGCUUCGAUGGGGACAAUUCAGCCCGUUUUUCCGUCUAGGCGGACCGGGCUGCACUGCGCUUCCUUAUCACUGAGAGAGAGCCCUUGAGUGGCCGGAGCGCGAGAGGGGCCUGCCAGGCGGCUUCCCGCCGGCCUCUGGAAAAUCAAUGAAUUCUCCAGAAAUUACGUCUGAAUUCUAAGACGCAUCUGGGAAAGCAGUUGUCAUGCUGUCUUAUGUACAAAAACAGAUCCAAACUUUACUGUGUUGUAAAGUAAACUGUGCUGCAGUGUAGUGAUAUUUGAUUACAAAAUUAUAUCUGUGCAAAUAUUUCAAAAUGAACAAAAGAACAAGCAGUGAAUCACCUCUAGGGAGAAUGAAUGGGGCAGUGUUCCCAUCUCCAGCUGCUGAGAUGGCAGAAAUUAAUCGAAUUCAGUAUGAAAUUGAGUACACUGAAGGGAUCAGCCAGCGAAUGAGGGUACCAGAAAAAUUAAAGGUAGCUCCACCAACUGCUGACCUUGAGCAAGGCAUCCAAGAAGGACUUCCAAAUGCCAGUGUAACUAUGCAGGUUCCAGAGAGGAUUGUAGUGGCAGGUAAUAGUGAAGACAUUCCAUUUUCCAGACCAUCAGAUCUGGACCUUAUACAGUCUGCUCCAUUCAAACCUCUGUCAUUGAAAACUCCUCCCCGGGUUAUCUCACUUAGCGAGCGACCACUAGAUUUUCUGGAUCUAGAAAGACCCCCAACGCAGACACCUCAAAGUGAAGAGGUUCGUUCAGUGGGAAGAUUGAAGAGAGAACGUUCCAUGAGUGAAAACGCUGUUCGUCAAAAUGGUCAAUUGGUCAGAAACGAUUCCAUUGUGACACCAUCCCUACAACAGGCUCGUGUCUGUCCUCCUCAUAUGUUACCUGAAGAUGGAUCUAAUAUUUACUCUGCUCGUGGCAUUUUGUCGCUUAUCCAGUCUUCUACUCGUAGGGCUUACCAGCAGGUCUUGGAUGUGCUGGAUGAAAAUCGCAGCUUGGACAAUGAAAAUAGGCCUGUGUUACGAGGUGGGUCGGCUGCUGCCACUUCCUCUAACCCUCAUCAUGAAAACACCAGGUACGGUCUUUCAAACUUGGACACAACACUUGAGGGAACUCCAGAUGACAUGUCAGUUGUGGAUGCGGCUUCCUUAAGAAGACAGAUAAUCAAACUUAAUCGCCGUCUACAGCUUCUGGAAGAAGAAAACAAAGAGCGCGCUAAAAGAGAAAUGAUCAUGUACUCAAUUACUGUAGCUUUCUGGCUACUCAAUAGCUGGCUGUGGUUUCGGCGCUAGACACAGCUCUCCAAAAGAUUUAAUAGCUGGAAAUAUAAAGAAUUUGCAAAAACUUUUGUCUCUAAAUGGUAUGCUGUUUUAUAAUCCAUGCACUGAGAACUUCUGCCACAGAAAAAGGCUGUAGAGUUACAGUGUUAAAGGGACAUUCUGUUGCUCAGUAAUAUUUAUUUUUAUCAGUUUGUACUCACAUACUUACAGUAUCGUCCCUUUGCAUGUCUCAAUGUAAAUAUAGAUAGACUCAUUUUGGAAAGGAAUUUGCUUUUCUGGUAUGUAAGGAUGGUGACCUGCAGAAAUAAUCAUUGUCUCUCUUGUGGUAGGAAGAGAAUGGAUUUGGAAAAGAAAGUCUCUGUAAACAAAGUACGUAAUACAAGUAUGAAGUUUUUUUUAUUGUUGUUCUCUUGUUAGAUGCAGUAAUUUAAUGGUUAAAUAUUAUUGCACUAGUUUUCGUUUAGCCAAAUUAGUUACAGCAGUGUUCCAGAUUUCAAAACAAAAAAAACCCCAGCAACCUUAGUUCAUGAAUAUAUCCCUUGUUUAUGCACAUGUACAGAUUGAAUGAAAGGCAUUCUUUGCUAACAUGAUUCAGCAGAUUAUCCAGUGUGUAAUAUGUAUUUUCAUAUUUUAGCUUUAAUUUUUGCAGAUGUUUUUCUAUAAAAGACAUUUUUAAGCGAGUCUGUCUGUAAGUGAUCUAAAGAUUAUGAAAUAUAAGGUACCAAUGUAGUGUAUUUAAUAAAUUUGUCAAACCAA